AUGUCCUGGCCGGAGGCGGCGCGGGGCUUCUUGGGGACCCUCCUGAGGGACUUCCCGAGGCCGCUGGGCCCGGACGACGCGCCGCCCUGGAGCCCUGCGCCGGGUCGCCUGGGCUCCCUCAGCCAGGCCGAAGCGCCGGCGGAACUGGCUGAGUUGGCCCGGACCUUCUUGUGCAGCAGUUUCCUUAAUUCUUUGCAGGCGAAGCCAAGCCGUCUGCACUGCUCUCACUGCGACGAGACCUACAGCCUUCCCCAGAAUGGUGUCAUCAAACUCUACAAAGAGUUGCGGUGCCCACUGGAUGACUUUGAGCUGGUGCUGUGGUCCUCUGGGUCAAGAGGGAAGAGCUACCCGCUGUGUCCUUACUGUUACAACCAUCCCCCUUUCAGGGACAUGAAAAAAGGAAUGGGCUGUAAUGAGUGCACCCACCCCACGUGCCAGCACUCCCUGAACAUGCUUGGAAUCGGACAGUGCGUGGAGUGUGAGAACGGGGUCCUGGUGCUUGACCCAACCUCUGGUCCCAAGUGGAAGAUGGCCUGUAACAAAUGCAACGUGGUCGUGCACUUCUUUGAAAACGCCCACAAGGUACGGGUGUCGGCCGAGACCUGCGAGUCGUGUGAUGCCGCACUGGUGGACGUGGAUUUCAAUAAAGCCAAGUCCCCCCUCCCUGGCAAUGAGACGCAGCACUCUGGCUGCGUGUUCUGCGACCCCGUCUUCCAAGACCUGGUUGAACUGAAGCAUGCAGCGAUGAAGCACCCUAUGCAUCGCGGAGGGCAGGGGAAAAGGCAGGGCCGGGGAAGAGGAAAAGGCAGGAGGCCUGGAGGGAGGCCGAAUCCAAAGAAACCCAAAGACAAGAUGGCCGCACUGGCUGCUUACUUUGUGUAAUGACCUGUUGAACAAUAAAACGCCAUACAAUGUC